UUCUUGUUCAGUAGUGGCAGCAAUUUCUUGGAGCAUUUAUUUCAAAUGCCCCCACAGUAUAUAUUGGGGUGUGGCAAUGUAGACCUCCAGAGUGUGGUGGACAUUAAUAUACCUACAAAUUUAUUAACCAAUUUAUGAACUUAACAUGUUUUCGUCCUUUCAGUUCAGUCUUUAAAAGAAAAGCAAAUAGGUUUCUUAUCCCUUCAAAAACAACCUUAUGGAGAUUGAUACAUGCAUAUAUCCAUGCACUUUUCGCUUUUUUAAAAUCACUAUCUAUUGCUCGCUACAAAGAAGUUGUCUAAAAAUGGCAUGGGCAACUUGUGAUCUUCUCUUAAUCUCCAUUUUCUUCUUCUCUCUCUCGUUUCUUCCAAUCGCUUCUCCUUCUUCUACCAACUCCUUCGUCUUCGGAGGCUGCACUCAGCAGAAAUACUCACCAGACUCACCUUACGAGUCCAACAUCAACUCUCUGCUCACUUCUCUUGUCAACUCAGCCAGCUUCUCCUCCUACAACAACUACACCAUCGCGGGCUCCAGCCCACAAGACGUUCUCUACGGCCUUUUCCAAUGUCGCGGCGACCUUUCGAUGCCGGAUUGCUCUGCAUGCGUAGCUCGAGCAGUGAGUCAAUUGGGUUCUUUGUGUUCUCAGACAUGUGGUGGAGCAGUGCAACUUCAAGAUUGUUAUGUCAAGUAUGAUAAUACUACGUUUUUAGGAGUGGAGGAUAAGACUGUGGUCUUCAAGAAAUGUGGGCCGCCCGUUGGAUAUGAUACGAAUCCUAUGAGUGAUAGGGAAGCGGUGAUGACUAGUCUUGCUCGGGCUGGUGGGCUGUAUCGAGUUGGUGGGUCGGGUGAAGUUCAGGGUUUUGCCCAAUGUAUUGGAGAUUUGAGCUUAGGAGAGUGCCAGGAUUGCCUGUCAGAGGCCAUCGGCCGGUUGAAAAACGAUUGCAGCAACGCGGUUUACGGUGAUUUGUUCUUGGCUAAGUGCUAUGCUAGGUACUCCACCGGUGGUGCUCAUGUUUAUAUCAAUACUCAUGAUGAUAAAAGUAUGAACGAGAGCGAGAAGACAUUUGCAAUUAUAGUUGGAUUAUUAGCUGGAGUGGCUUUGAUAAUUAUUUUCGUUAAUUUCAUAAGAAAUGUAUCUGAAAGAGACGGUAAAUAAACUGUGACCUCUUCCAAGACAUUGGCAAAGCCACUCACUAUUUACUAUUCCUCAACAUUCCCAUCCACACGGCUCUUUGGCUUCCUGUUUGUUAUGAUGUAAAUUAUGGAGAGUCCACGACUAUGUCUUUGAGUAGUAUUAGGAGUGGCAUGUAGAAAUCUCAUGCGCGACAUGAGCAAUUCAAAUUUGAGUAUGGUUUAUAUUAGAUGUGACCUGAACUUUAUGUACAUGUAGAUGCGGAAAGAUCGAUAGAUAGAUAGAAAGUGCUGCUGGAUCCUAUGGCAAAUCUUGGUGUAAGAAUCGCUCUUCUCAUAAUAGUCUGUUUUCCAUGGAAAUAAGAUUUCUUAUCCGAGAUUUUAGGAAA